UCCAAGAUGGCAGCGUCCAUGAGCCCAUAUGAGACUUGGCUCUCGAAAAAGCUGCUUUCACUCAACCCAGACACUGAUACAGAGAUUUUUGUUUCGUACAUAACCGGGAUAAUUGAGGAAGAUAGCCCUGAAGAUGAAAAACGCGAGUCAGUUCUCGAUUUAAUAGAACAAGUGGUGGAGGAAAACCAGACAAAUGUUGUGGAUGAAAUUUUCAAGAAAUGGGAAGAAAUCAAUGGUCAGAUGUCCGAGACACCGAGCCAACAGAAAUCAAAUGAACUAACUGAACAUCUGGCAUGUAUUCUGGAGAAACAAAAAAUAGAAGGUGUAAAACAACAUGAGAAAACGGAGGAAGAAAUAGCUAGGAAGAAAGCCAUACUAGCACAGUAUGGUCAUGUAUCUAGUGGCGACGAAGCUGAGAGUGAAGAAGAAUAUGUUGACCAUACAGGCACAGGCGACUUACUUGAAUUCAAAAACGUUAAUUCCGAACAAGUGAAAAUGAACGAAAUCGAGAUGCGAGAAAAAUCGAAGCAGGAAUCGGAUAGCAAACGUGAAAAAGACAAACAGGAUCGGGAGGCGCAAAAACAAAAGUCCAAGGAUCGAAAAGAGGGAGAGAAAAAACGAACACAGAAAGGCGAGCGACGAAGAUGACAUGGUUAACACAGCCGAUUUAGUUUUGAAUUGCUAUCCAAUUAAUCAUGCACUUAUUUUGUAUUGCUAUGGAUUGUUCUGUAAGGGUUUAUUUUUUGUAAUUGUUGGUGAAUAUAUGAGUAAGCUAAUUUGAAACAUGGAUAAAAAGUGAUGCUAUUGUGUGACAUUGAUAAAGUAAUGGUGAUGCAAAUUAAAGAUGGGGGGAGGGGAAGGAUUCAGCCAAAACCAGAAAACUUUUGUACAAAAAAGUAGAGACAAAAAUAAAAUGAUCUACAGUUCUCCUUUAGAAUAUGAUGUACAUAUGUCUAUUAUUUUGUAAUCUUAUUUUUUUUUGGCAAAAAUAAAUGUCCUUGAUCAGAAAUCAUAAUUUGUUUGAUAUCAGUGCUUGAUUUAUAAAUUAGGCCAUACCAAAUCAUUUGUAUGUUUAUCGGAUAGGUUUGAGGAUGUCUGAUUGUAAAAACAACCCAUAUUUCUUAUCAUCAACGAUCUUGCCCAAUAUUUUUUAUUCCUGUGAACUAUAAUUACGACUACAGAAAAGAAGUGUUAACAACAUGCUCCAUCCAUGCUCUAGAUUUCUUGACAUUUUUGGUUUUAGAAAAUGAUGCAUUCCGUGUGAUUCCCAUGACCAACACAUGUAAAAAUGAGGUUUAUUUGACCUUGUUUUGCUGCAGAAAUCUAUCUUAUGUUGAAUGGAAUGAGGGUUAUUCCAGUAAAACAUAUUAUUUCCCCUGGGGGGGAGGCAAUGUUAAUAGUAUAUGGGUGGGUGUCUUUUUUCGCUAAUUUGGACCCAAAAAGGGUAAAUUUGCUUCUGUUGGGGGGGGGGGGUGGCAUAAUUCAAAAGUGCCUCCCCCCAGGGGUUAUAUGUUUCAUAGCCCUAAGGAGGCUCUGGUGUUUAUUCUACAAUAUUAGUAUGUCGCUGAUUUGGUACCAUAUUUGAUUUUUUUCAUUGGUUUCAAUUAUUUUUUCAGGACAGCUAGAUUUAGGUUUUAGUACAAAGGGAUAACACUUAACAUAAAAAUAAAUUGGUAUGGCCUAAGCUGUAUAAAAACACGUACUGGUAAUGUCAUCUGAUCCACCUUGUGCAAUAUGAACAUGCAUAUUUAUACGGACAUGCAUAGUUUGUGACAUAAUUUUUUUAUAUACUAGCUGCAGUGCUCCAGUCAGGAUUUGAAAAGAGCAGGGAACUAGGUCUGAAAGGGCACUUUCGAUUCACAUUGAAUCAGCACUUGCAACGACCAAUGUUCAAUUCUUAUUUUGUAUGUGUUGUAACUUUUUACUACUUUCUGUACUAAUAGUUUGUUAUAUACAUGUAUACCUUAGCUGUUAUAUUGACUUAAGUGGCAAAAUUAAUAUAAUGUAUAUUUAUUAUCUUUAUACUUUUUUCUUAACAUUGACUACCGGGUAUGUGAAACAAAAGGGCAGGUUGUAGUAAAAAUGCAGUAGUGUGCUGAAAAAAAAAAGCAGCAGGGUGCCCCACCCUGCUUUAAAGGCCAAGCUGAAGCACUGUAGCAGGAAAAAAGAAACUUCAUGAUGAAAAACUCCUCCAAAUACGAUUUAAGACAACAGUUGCUAAUAUAAUUUGUUUAAAAAAAAAAAUAACCUUAAUUAUGUAUUUACUGUGUUCAAUACAAUCAUGAGACAUAGGGAAUAUUAUGUUAGUCGGCUGAUCUGUUGGGUAGUAUCGCUUCAAGUUGCAUGCAUUAAGUUAAUAUCGGAUGUAUCUAAACGCAAGCAAUGAGAAUUCCAGUACACUCCCACACAUCAACUGAAUUUUGUAGUAUUUCUUAAGUUUAUCCCCCAAAACAAAAUUCUAUAGAUUGUAAAAAUCAUCGUUUUCUUUAUAAAAGCAUUUAAUUUCGACUGAAAAAUGUCCUACUUCUUUUGUGUAUUAAUGUGGAAAUAGAUUUGCACAUGGACACUUAAGGCUACUGUACAUAACAGAAUCAGAUUACACAUUGUGAUGUGGAAAUCAAUUCAGUGUCUAUAUGUUUAAAUCAUGCAAUAUUUUAAAUGGACAUUUAAGUUUAAAUUUAGUAUGAAUUGCAGAGGAAUACUUUCUAAUAAUAUGUGAGAACUGUCAAAAUUAUAUCAUCAAUGUUUCUACUUUUAAUGGUUCUUUAAGGCGAAGCUCUGUAAGCGGUGUAGACUGCGCUAUGUUUCAUUUAAAAUGGUGAAGAAAUAGGAAAGUUAUCUUUGAUAAGUUAACUUUGUUUAAUGUCUUUAUUCGAAGCAAAAUAUUGCCUUCCGACUUAGCAUUUAUGACGCAAUUUAUCAUGUGGUAUACACACAUUGACAUGUAAUGUCUAAUGAUACGUGAUUUAUGUCCCAUGGAUAUAUAUAAUACAAUAUACAUUUUCCAAAAUAGAAUGCUUGGCUUGCCUUUUAAGCUUCUUAUCAUAUGUUUCCAAUUUAUCACCUUAAAGCUGCACUCUCACAGAUUGACAGUUUAGACAAUUUUUAUUUUUUUGGGGAGGGGGUUGCCUCAGAAUCAACUAAUCUUGAUUUCAAUGCCCUCAAUUCAGUCGUAAUAGUCAUAAUAAAACAUCUCUCAAUUGUUUGGAUAAUAAAGUUUUUCCUAAAGUGUUGCUUACGCUUAUAGCUAUAAAUCAUCAACUUUUAAACUUAAAUAUCAUAAAUUGCGAUCUGAUCUUUUGUCAGUUGUCUUAUAUCAUUGGUUACCAGACAUUUACGCAAAAAUUGGCUCAUUAAUAAACAAACAAAAAAAUUGUCAAAACGAUCAACCAGUAAGACUGCAGCUUUAACUAUUUAUUGCCCAAUCAUGUGUUAUGCCACAACUGCAUCAAGAUACAGCUGGCUAAUACUUAGUGUUAAAGGGUAAUUCCUAGAAGUGGACAAAGCUUGUUCCAUUUAAAUUGUAAUGGUAAACUACAGUUGGUUCGAUUAUGGUGUGGGCCUGAUGUCAGACGACACAUUAAAUCCACUGAAUUAUAGUUAUUUUUGGAUCUAUUAACAUUUUAAUUUGCAUCUGUUAAAUUAUAAGUACUGUGUAACUAUAAUAUUUUUGUACCAAUAUUUUGUUCCGAAAUAUAUUUUGGAAUAUUUGCGAUUCAAUAAUGGUUGUCAGUUUUAUUUUGAUAAUCGAUUAUGAAUUGUUACUAUUUAUCCAACACUAUUUCAAAUCAUAAACAUUGUCCUAGAACCUGGUUUAUAUGUUUUUCUGUCCAUUUAUGAUAUUGAGUAUAAAAAAAUUGUUAUUCUAUGGUGCUGUGUCGUUGGUUGUUUAUGCAAUAGAAGCUGAUUAUAGCGCUUGAUAGAAAACAGUUCAAACAAGUCCACCUCUAUAUACUAACAAUAGUAUUAGCUGUAACUGAGUGUCAAAUAUUCACAGCAUUAUAAUGGAAAGCAGACUCUCUGAACAGUUAAUUAAAGUUAUGGUUAAUGUCAAUUUUGUGGCUUCAUUUCCAACAUAUUCAAUUCGGCAAAUUGACUGCUAUGUUAUUUUUAGUCAGCAGUAUGAGAAACCAAAUGUAUAGGAGCAUUGAAAGUAUUGACUUUGAUAUGGCAAGGAAAUCUCCAGCAACCAAUCAAAACACACUGGUUAAUGUUAAUUGAUUGGUCAAUAUUUAUCCAAUAUUUACUAUCAACCAAUCAGAUCAUUUAAAUAUUCAAACCUACCAAAAUAUAACCCUUGCUCAAAUUAUCAAGGUUAUUUACAAUUAGCUGCAGCAGAUAAUCUUCCAAAAACUGAAGAAAUUAUGUUAAAAGAAAUGUGACCGAAAUUGCCAUGAUUCAUCAAAAUUUUAUAUGCAAUAUUAAUUAAUGUAUUAAUUAAUGUUCUGAAUUGUUUAACACUGUUAUUAGUCAGACUUGAAUUGUUUAACACUGUAAUAGUCAGACUUGACUUGUUUAACACUGUAGUAGUCAGACUUGACUUGUUUAACACUGUAGUAGUCAGACUUGACUUGUUUAACACUGUGAUAGUCAGACUAUGUGUUUGAAAUGCAUACCAGUCAUGUCAGUUAUAUAUUUAUUCUUUAUAGAAUUUCGAUCAACUGUUAAAUAUGGACUGAAAAUGCAAUGUUGAACAUUAAAACUUCUCUUGGA